CAGUUCCUCCCAAAAGUUUCAUUUUGGGCGCUGGAUGUUCCACUUAAGCCUCCCUCAAUGCAACCCAACAGACGCUGCUGUUUCCUCCACCUCCUGUGCACAUUUGAAGGCACAAAAAGGGGCUGGCUCAGCUUGGGAUUGGGUUCUUCUCUUUCUGGGGAUACUGGUUGUCCCACUGCAUCCCCACCCGCGUCUACGCAUGGCCAAGGGUGCCUGCGCCCCCAGAACACCAGCGCUCCACAUCUCACACACCUGCAAGCCCUGGCCCCGCCCCGCCCCGCCCCGCCCCAACCCGUCUCCAGGCCACGCCUCCCAGCCCAGAUAUAAAUAAAGUGCGGCAUUUCCUCUCAGAGUUAGUACAUCCCAUCCCAGCACGGCUCCUGUACCCAGGGUCCCGCCUGUUGCCUGUCACUACUGUACGGGCCCGGACGCUGGGCCAACAUCUGUGUCUUCACGUGCACACACCACCGCAUCUGAAGUCACAUCCGCAGCCACCUCGGCCCCAGAAUCCACGCUGAGGUGGUGCCAAGCCUCAUACACAUCUGUGACCCUAUACAGCUGGUCACACCUGUGACACCUGGCCACACUACCUGUGGCCACCACUGGCAGCUGAAGUGUCAGGACCGCGGCAUCCCCUGCCGUGAAAGCCACUGCCCCUCACCGCCCCCAGCCUGGACUUUGCUGCAGCAGGCACCAUGGCCACGGCCCCCGAGAGGACUGCGCAGCGUGUGCGGUUCGGAGAGUGGCUACUGGGCGAGGUCAGCAGUGGUCGCUACGAGGGGCUGCGGUGGUUGGACAAGGCACACACUGUGUUCCGCGUACCGUGGAAGCACUUUGCGCGUAAGGACCUGGGUGAAGCUGAUGCGCACAUCUUCAAGGCCUGGGCGGUAGCCCGAGGCAGGUGGCCACCCAGCAGCUGUAGGGGUGGCCUACCGCCCCCUGACGCUGAGGCUGCAGAACGAGCCGGAUGGAAAACCAACUUCCGCUGUGCUCUGCACAGCACACAGCGCUUCGUGAUGCUGCAGGACAACUCGGGGGACCCCAUUGACCCCCACAAGGUGUAUGCAGUCAGCCUGGAGUGGGGAUGCAGAGAAGGCUCAGCCAUGAACCAGGGAGAAAAGGAGGCCCUCAGAGGUGCCCUGCCCACACAGGAUGGUGGCACAGGGGACCUCUUGCCCCAGGUUCUGCAGCAGUCUCUCCUGGGAGAUCCCCUGCAGGAAGCUGCACUGAUGGCAGUAAACCCAGUUGCCCCACCACAGGCUCCUGGCCCAGUGAAACCUCCUGAGGAGCUGCCUGCAGCAUGGGCAGUAGACCCUGCGCCCUGCCCUAGGCCUCAGUCCCUGGCCCUGACAACAGAACCCAGUCCUGGGGACCUGGAUGUGACCAUCAUGUACAAAGGGCGCACAGUGCUGCAGAAAGUGGUGGGGCAUCCCAGCUGUGUAUUCCUAUACAACCCCCCAGGAGUGGGCAGCCAGGUUCUCCAGCCCCAGCAGGUGGUCUUCCCCAGCCCUGCUGAGCUGCCAGACCAGAAACAGCUGCGCUACACGGAGGAGGUGCUGCAGCAUGUGGCCCCUGGGUUGCAGCUGGAGCUGGCUGGUGUGGCACUAUGGGCCCGGCGCAUGGGCAAGUGCAAAGUGUACUGGGAGGUGGGCAGUUCGCAGGGUUCUGCCAGCCCCUCCACCCCAGCCCGGCUACUGGAGCGCAACUACAACACCCCAAUCUUUGACUUCAGCAUCUUCUUUCGAGAGCUGGGGGAGUUCCGAGCCAGGCGGCGUCAAGGCUCACCCCACUACACCAUCUACCUGGGCUUUGGGCAGGACCUGUCAGCUAGGAGGCCCAAGGAGAAGAGCCUGGUCCUGGUGAAGGUGGAGCCAAGGCUGUGCCGGACAUACUUGGAGGUUGUACAGCGUGAGGGCACAUCUUCCCUGGACAGCAGCAGCCUGGGCCUGUGCCUGUCAAGCACCAGCAGUCUCUAUGAUGACAUUGAGCGCUUCCUCAUGGAGCUGGAGCAGCCAGCCUAGGCUGGAACCUCGGACCCCAAUAAAGAGCCAAGAGCCAGUGUUGCCACGAA